AUGACUUUCCCACUUUCAACCACGAGCGCUACACUGCUGUCAUGUGGUUUUGGUGCGGGUUAUGUAGCUCCACUCUAUCUAUGGCGGCCAGCCAAAGUCGGACCGGGGAAAGAUAGGAACCAUCCCGACGUGAUCAAAUCACGUCUCCUGGCGAUCACAUUCAGUAGCCUCAUUGACUGCGGCAUUGUUUACUAUAUCGCAUCACGCACUAUUGCCGGCAACAUCUCGUCAACACUUUCCUUACUGGGCUUCCAAUGGCCAACCAACUCACGAUCCUUCUUGUUGACUCCCGUAAUAUACGGCGGCACCCUUCUCUCCUGUGCACUCUCGCGCCGGUUCCCACAACAUGAGUCACUCCGCAGCUGGACCGGAAUACGUAACUAUCUCGUGGCGCCCAUAACGGAAGAGAUCGUCUUCCGCUCCUGCUGCCUUGCCUUUGCCGGUCUCGCAGGCCAGUCGCUUGGCUAUCAAGUCUGGGUGACUCCGCUAUACUUUGGUAUUGCCCAUCUACACCACGGAUGGGAGACGUACAAACAAGGGGGGAAGAGCAGGCGAGCUCUCCAACGGGCAAUUACCGCCACUCUCAUCCAAUUCACCUAUACCAGCUUGUUCGGCGCAUUUGCAUCUUUCCUCACCGUCCGCACGCAAUCCAUCCUCCCAGCUCUGAUCUCACACGUCUUCUGCAAUUUUAUGGGACUUCCUUCCAUGUUCUCAGAGGAGGAAAACCAUCCAAAAUCAAAAUACUUGCUGUAUACCGCGCAUCUCGCUGGUAUCAUCGGUUUUAGUUAUCUUCUCUUCCCAUGGACAAUGUGACCUCGCUUGCACAUAUACCUACUACGGCAUGUUUAUCCCACUUCUUGUCAUUCUUUAGGCGUCAAUAACCGUACGCUGAAACGAGUGCGAAUUAAACGUAGUAUAGCUACCCGAAUUAGGCCAGCACAGGCCCAUCUAAAAGUAAACAUAUGUGGUUGAAAUACGAAUGAGCGGAACACGAUGCAGGAAACAAGCGAGAAGGUAUUAUGUUUUGACAAAGGGUAGCAGUAUGAAGUAUAUGUGAGAAACCAAUACAAACGAAGUGGAGUGGAUACAGUUGCUGCGGCAGUGCGCGCGAAUGCGAAGGAUAAAAUAGGAAUAAAGGACGUGGUGACAGUGAUGAGAAUAUAACGUCAGACGAUGCUUGUAAUGUUGCCCACGAAUAAGAGAAAGACGAUACAGCUUACAGCUUCCCAGCACACCGAUCACACACAUGACUCUCGUUCCUUACUAACCCUUCCAGCCGUCCAACCUCCGUUCGCAAGCUCUCGACCUCGCCUUCAAGCUGCUCGACACGUCUCGCCCAAGCGCGCUUGCUAGCGCUGAUCUGCGCUUGGAGGCUGGCGAUCACCUCCUCGGCACUUUGCCUGUCCUUGUGAUCGGCGCUGAACGCCCGGCCGGGAGAAGGCCUUAACACGGGGGAUGUUGCCGUGCUGGCCGGAGCAGACUUGGGCAACGCCACUCGGGGCAACGUGUCCAGCUCGAGAUGCUCGUCCAGCUGCCCAAGCUUGGCAGGCGAAGCGCGCGCGCCGUUGGCUUCCCCUAUCAGCCCCGCAAACCCAGCUGAGAACGCCGUGCUAACAGGUCGCAGCGUAAGCGGGGGCGGAGCUGGGGUUCGGGGUGUCUUGAGCACCUCAAGUCCAGCCAUGGAGGCUGUCGGUCCGCCCAGGAAUUGGCUCAGAGCUGGAGGAGCAGAUGCAAGCGGUAACUGCGGUACGAGCCCAGCGGCGGUAGUAGCGACUGCCGGGUCGGAGUUCGUCGCCCGGGAGAUGAGGACGUUCACUUCCAGCGGUGGUGAGGGUCGGGCUGCUUGCCUACGCUCGCGUAUGCUCUGACCUUGCGCAGACGUCCCAGCUUGCGGAGGGGAAGACUGCGGUGACGAGCCAGAGGAGACGGUCAUAGCU